ACCUCUCACGUCUCUCCAUCCACCCAUACAUCUAUCUGUUCACCCCUGCAUAAGCUUCUCCAUGGCCCCAUCUCCAUCCCUCCCUCUUCUCCUCCUCCUCUUCCUCUUUGCCGCUGUUGCCCCUGCCAGCAGCGAUGAACCCAAGGAGAAGAUGACCCACCUGCACUUCUACUUUCACGUCUACUACGGCGGCCCCAACGCGACCACCGUCACCGUCGUCAGCCCCCCCGGCAGCAGCACCUUCGGGAGCAUCGCGGUGGGCAACAACAUCCUGAAGGAAGGGCCCGAGUCGAGCUCGAUGCUCAUCGGAAGGACGUACGAUCUUACCGUGCAGGCGUCCAUAGAAAGCCCGUCGGCGUACCUAUAUAUGUUAAACUUCGUGUUCACCUCCGGCGAGUAUAACGGGAGCAGCAUCUCCAUCGUCGGCAAGGAGGUGGUCGGCGAGACGAUGGAGCGAACCAUCGUCGGAGGGACCGGCAAAUUUCGAAUGGCAUGGGGCUACACUAUCAGCAGGCUCAUCAGCUCAACCGGAACCACCGAAUUGUUUCUUGUAUACGAGCACGAUUCUUAUAUCUAUCACCACUGAUGAGCUGCCUCUCUCUUGCAAUAAAACCGGCUUGUUUCUUGUUCUACAUCUACACUUUGUUAGUUCGUCAGCCAUACGGUGACUGACAAUUAUAAUGCUUUGUUUUGUAACGCAGUGCAACAUGAUACUUAUAUUUUGUCA